AUGGCUGAAGCUGACAAGAAGGCUAAUGCUGACAAGAAGAAGGCUGACGAAGAUGCCAAGAAGAAGGCCGAAGCUGACAAGAAGGCUGAAGCUGACAAGAAGGCUGAUGCUGACAAGAAGAAGGCUGACGAAGACGCCAAGAAGAAGGCUGAAGCUGACAAGAAGGCUGAAGCUGACAAGAAGAAGGCUGACGAGGAUGCCAAGAAGAAGGCCGAGGCUGACAAGAAGGCUGAAGUUGACAAGAAGAAGGCUGACGAAGAUGCCAAGAAGAAGGCUGAAGCUGACAAGAAGAAGGCUGACGAAGAUGCCAAGAAGAAGGCUGAAGCUGACAAGAAGGCUAAUGCUGACAAGAAGAAGGCUGACGAAGAUGCCAAGAAGAAGGCCGAGGCUGACAAGAAGGCUGAUGCUGACAAGAAGAAGGCUGACGAAGAUGCCAAGAAAAAAGGCCGAGGCUGA